CAGCAACGCCAGCUCGCCUCCGCAACGCGAUUCCGCUCAUUUCAAAUUUUCAAACUCCCGAGAGCGGUUGCGGCGGUGUCGAUACAGCGGCUCCUGAAUCCAUCCGAAUCCGAAAGCGAAUCGCAUCCAGCCAAGAUAUCCUAUCGUGCAACUGAAACCCGAAUCCGAGUUCGAAACGAAUCGCAGUGGUGGUUCCUCUCUCGCUCUCUAGUUCUCCCUCUCUCUCGCGUGUGUGAGUGUGUGCGAGUGGCAGGAAAAGUGCGAAGCCGAAAUCUUUUCAGCUGAAAGAAAGCGCAACAUCAAGUAGCGAAAGAAAAGCGGAUCGAAAAGAAAAAACCAAAAAAAAACCAAAAGCAACAAAUCGAAAUGGCAAGCGAAGUGGCCCAAAUACCCGCCGAGGAAACGCCCGCAGUGGCGUCGGCGGAAAAGUCGGAGGAGCCGGAAAAGUCAGCGGCUCCGCCAGCGGACUCCUCGGCCGCUCCAGCUGCCGCCCCUGCAGUGGAAAAGGCAGAGGAUGCCGACGGUGAGAAGAAGGACGGCGAGGCCGGAAAGCAGGAUAAGCAGCAGGAUGGAGAGGAGCCCAAAAAGGACGAGGCGGUAGCAGCCCCAGUCGCGGCCAAAUCGGAAGCCCCGCCCGCCCAGAAAUUCAAUGUGCACAAGACCAACUUCGAGAAGGACAUCAUCUAUCUGUACCAGUUCUCGCGCACCCCGCUGCUGCCCUCCCUGUCGCCCUACUGCCUGAAGGUGGAGACCUGGCUGCGUCUUGUGGGCCUGAAAUACGAGAAUGUUGAUCACAAGAUGCGCUUCCGCUCAAAGAAGGGUCAGCUGCCGUUCAUUGAGCUGAAUGGAGAGGAAAUCGCCGAUUCGGCCAUUAUCAUCAAGGAACUGUCGUCCAAAUACGAGAAGAACCUGGACUCGGGACUCACCGCCGAGCAGAGGAAUGUCUCGUACGCCACAAUUGCCAUGCUGGAGAACCAUCUCAUCUGGAUCAUCUUCUACUGGCGCGCCAAGUAUCCGGACAAUGUACUCAAGGGCUACAAGGUCAACUUGCAGCACGCCCUCGGCCUGCGGCUGCCCAACUCGAUUCUGAACUUCUUCUUUAAGAUCACCUUUGGUCGCAAGUGGUUCCAGGGCACAAAGAAGCUGAAGGCGCACGGUAUCGGUGUCCACAGCGCCGAGGAAAUCGAGGAGUUCGGCAAGAACGACUUGAAGGUUCUUAGCGAGAUGCUCGACUGUAAGCCGUUCUUCUUUGGCGACGAGCCCACUACCCUGGAUGUGGUGGCCUUCGCGGUCCUGUCGCAGCUCCACUAUCUGUCCAAGGACAUUGCGUAUCCGCUGCGUGACUAUAUGACCGAGAAGUGCCCCAACUUGAUUGGCCACGUUUCUCGCAUGAAGGACAAGUGCUUCCCCGACUGGGACGAGAUCUGCACGAAGCUGGACCUCAAUGCGCACAUUCCCAAGCCAGAGCCCGAGACCAAGGAGGGCAAGGAGGGUGGCGAGCAGGAGAAAUCAAACGAACAGGAGGGCACUGAAGGCGACAAGAUCGAGAAGGAGUUGGAGAAGGACAAGUCGAACGAGAAGGAGUCGACCGAGGAGAACAAAGAAAAGGAGGAAACAAAGUAAAUUCGCCGUUAGUUAUAUGCGUACAUAUAUCUAGUAUAUGUGUAUGAUCGAAGGAAACAAAAACACCCACAUACACACACAUUAUAUAUAUAUACAUAUGUAGUACGAUACUAUAUAGUAAGGCCCUAUAUAGCUAGGCGCUACGCUCUCAUAUAUAAGCAUUCAGACAUCAGAAAACCACUCGAAAAACAAAAAAAAUACAUCAAGUACACCCAUUUACAAACCUAGGACAACUGUAAAGCAAAAGCAGGCAAAACCAUCAGCAAGAGAACGAUCCACUAAGUAAUGAGAAAAACAAAAAGCAUAUACAAUAACGUAACGUAAAACUUUGGACAUCUUUUUUUAUAUAUUUACAUGACGACGUUUGUAUUACAAGAACAAGAAACAAAAAGCAAAAAAUGAAGAAAACGUAAAAAAAACCGUAAAAACCAUUUAGUAUAAAAUUAUAAAAGUUUAUACUUAUAAAUAUUAAGACGAUGAAUGAAAGCGAUGAGAGCGGGGGGAGAAAUUAAAAAAAAUUAGUUAAAGAACUCGAAUAAAACAAAGAACAAGUGAGCAAAACGUGAGUAAAAAGAGUGAAGCCAGAUAGGAGAAAAAGUAAGGGGGGUGUAGAACAGCAUUCAAUACGCAUUAAUCAUUAGUUUUCAUUCAAAAGCGAUCUAUAUAAUACACUCAUCGACACUCACACUCACUCUCACAGACACUCUACACACAUAUACAUAGCAUAUGCAGCAACAAUUGCAACUCGAUGGUAUUGUUUACUCUUCCAAAAUUGAUUAAGCUUAAAGUAACGAAAGGAUCCGCAACCAGUACGAUAGGAAGAUAUGAUAUGGCGCAUAGUGAUGGUUAGUAGGGAUGGCAUGCAAUGGGGAUGAGAAUGCGAAUGGUAUAGGAAUGAUAUAACGGAAUGACGGCAAUUAAGUUUAUUUUUUAUAUAUAUAUGAUUGCAAAUAGUAAUUUUGAUUCUCGUGUGCAAAUAAUUAAACAAAAUGGAUAAAAUUUAUUACUUAUAAUUAUAUACAUAAACAUUAUAUACGCCCAUUAUGCAUAAAGAUGUGUAUAAAAAAACAAAGCAAAACAAAACAAACAACAAAGCAUAAAAACUGUAUGUUGGUUCUUUUAUUAUAUUAUACUUUAUUUCUAUAAAUAUUAUUGUAAUUGUACUAUGUAUUAUGAUUUUGCUAACCAAAAUCCCUUAGUAUGAGAUGCUCAUCGAUAUUCACCCCCAUACACAAAAUCAUACCAAUUCGAACCAAAAAGAACACUCGGCCAUCCAAACGAACAAAAUUUACCUUUUAAUUUGUACGAAUUUGUAACUACUUUUAUAUGUAUGUAUGUGAAUUCUCUUUCUCUGGUACGUCCACUGAAACAAAAUUAUGUACGCCUCAUUUGAUUUUUCAACUGUCUUGUGUUUUAUACGAUUUAAUUUAAUGAUAUGGAUUAUGCAAAUAUAUAUAUAAAUAUAAACAUAAUUUCUUUUGUAAUUAAAAUGCUGCGACAACAAAGACGAACGACAAACUCAUAGAAAACACAACAAACAUCUGAGAGGCAGGAGAAGCAGGAACGGAAGAACUGGAAAAAUUGUCCGCGGGGAGGUCACUUCCCUCGCGUUCUCCUACUCCAACACUUUCCCUUAUCCAGUCGGCCUCCCGUUUAUUCACGGAUUCCUCUAUGUUUAUUGUUUUCCUUUUUUUUCGUUGACUUCUCAUAAAAUUAAAGAUCGUCAUCGACCACAUCAACCACAGAUGGGGGAAUGAAUGAGAAGUCUUUGAAUAGGGUAAAACUCAUGCAACUAAGAAAUAAAGGAAUCAAGAAAAACGAAAAACGAAAACAAAUACAUAUACAGAACCCAAUGAGGCGCGACAGAAGCAGUGAAAACAAUUUAGGGGAAGGUCAAAAACAAGAAAUGAAGCAGGAGAAGACGAGCGGGCGAUCGAUAGAUCCACGAAGAAAUCUCAAACGAUACGAUUUGUAGACUACGCAAGUAUUUUUAUGUAUUAAAGGUUAUGUUGUAAGUUUUUAUCACAAUAUUUGUAUUGUAGCUCAGUGUUUUAUAUGAUUAUAUAAAAUGGAUAAAGAAAAUGAAACAAAAAUUAAAUGAAUAUGAAACUGAUAAACCGAGAUGAAACUGAAACCAUAAAAGCGUAAAAACCAGAAGAGCAAACCCGGACAGAAAGAAAAAUUAUUGUAUUACAUACAUCUUAUAUAUAAUAAAUAUGCUUCUUAAUAAAAAACAAAACAAAACAAA